GACCAUAUAAAAGAACCCUUUACAUACACGAAUAAACAGAUACAUUUACAGCAAGCCGGCCUUGUGGGACGCAAAUAAAGGAGCCGGCGAUGCAGGCCAUGCGGCUGCGUACCCUCAUGCUCUGUGAGGAACUCUCACUUCCAUCGUUUCAAGUUAUAGUGAUAAACGCAGAUGUGGGAUGUGUCCAUUGUCAAGACAGAGUCUCUAAGAUUGUCUCCAAGAUGACCGGCAUUGAAGAAUACACAGUUGAUGUGAAGAACAAGCAGGUCAUGGCACGAGGUGACUUCAAACCACGUUUGGUUUCUCAUCAUCUCGCCUCUCAAACUCUCUCCCAAAAAGCCAAACGUUUUUUUCGACCACUAAACGUCUUCCUUCGCUCAAUUUUUUGCAAUUGUCUAUGUCCAAAGACAUUUUAAAUUAUCUCGUAACUCAUCACACUAAUUAAUAGUGGUGCAAAGUAAUUAAUAUCAUUGCAGGAUGAUGGUAUGUAUCACACAUAAAUCACAUGGUCAAUAUUUAUUUAUA